AUGGGGAAAAACGACAAAAAGGGCGGCGAAAAGGCCGCGGCCAAGGGCAAAAGCGGCGGUGACAAGGAGGCGGGCGGCAGCAAAGCCAAGGGCGCGCAGUCCAUCAACGUCCGCCACAUCCUGUGCGAGAAGCAUGCAAAGAAGGAGGAGGCGCUGGCGAAGCUGCACGAGGGCGUCAAAUUCGACGAGGUGGCACGCAACUACUCCGAGGACAAGGCGAGGCAAGGAGGAUCGCUCGGGUGGAAGAGCAAGGGCAGCCUGGAUCCCAAGUUUGAAGAGAUUGCGUUUGCGCUGGAGCCGAGCACCACGAGCAGCCCCAAGAUAGGCGAGGCGAAGACGGGCUUUGGCUAUCACAUCAUCAUGAGGGACGGAAAUAGUGACAUCACCAGACACAGAAUGUAG